AUGUUAUGUAUGUGUCUGAUGACAGCAUCAGCUGGGAAAGCAGCGUUUACUUUUGAAUGUCAAUUUGAUAUAAAAUUAAUCUUUCACACGUUUCUUUUUCCUUUAGGUGAAAUAUACUUUCGGCAGAUUAAAACACGACUAGAUCUUAUCGAACCUUCAUUGGCGGUCUGGUCUGGAUUCGCUGACAGAUUGAGUCAGUGUGGUUUUAUAUGUUUGCAAAAGGGUCGCUGUGUGUCCUUGUUGUACAGUCCUGUUGACAACUCUUGUAAGCUUUUCGAUGUCAUCUAUGAUGAAAGUGGAGGCAUUGGUGACAUAGAAUAUUAUAUACUAGAUACCGGAAACAGAUGGAUUCCAGAGUCUUGUGUAGAUGUCGCCACCUGCUCAGGAAUAACGACAGAUGGGGAGUAUUGGAUAUACCCUAAGUCAUCCCAGAGAAAAAGAAUCAAGAUCUUUUGUUACAAAUUGAGGUCAGAUCCAUCGGAAUACAUCACUUUAAAGAGCACCAACACCUUUAUUCAACAUGAUGACACAAACUGGCCAUCGAAAGGACGACAAUGCUACUCGAGCUAUAAACUGCCCUUAAAAAGAGCAGAUUUCACGAAGGUCGGAAUACAGAUUCAGAACAUGGAAGUAGAUGGAACAGACUACACAUUUGCACUGCUGACUGGUCUGGUCACAGUACCAUUUGGACACAGUAUGGACUGCAAUGGCGAAAGACAGAGACAGCCAUGCCCACACUAUGGAACUGCAACCAUUAACACCCGAGGAACUGGACUAAUUAUCGAUCUCACUCUGACAUGGGGCGUAACCGGUGGCUGGCGAAUGGAGUUAAAAGAUUUUAAUCGCUCAACAGACGGCGCUGAGAUAUCAUUUACCUGCGCGGGAUGGUGCGGCAAAUGUGGACCUGUUUCCGAACCCAUCAAAUUUCAAUUGUCAACAGAAUUUAUUUCAGCCGCCGAGGCAAGAGUUGUAAUCUGCAAAGCCUGAUCAUUGGAUAUUUCCCAUCACGGAAGUCAUCUGACUGAUCAUGUGACACAGAGGACUAUUCAUAAAGUAGUACAGAUACAUGUACGGUUGCCAAAGCGUUGAUUGAAAUCCUAGAACAUGGAAAAGGUUUAAUAUGAUGUAAUGCAAAACAAGUAUGCAACAU